AACUCAAAUUUUUCAUUACCAUGUUCAGGCUAGCAUCACCGUUAUUGGCGGGGUUGGCUUCGGGAAGUCGCAUCUCGGCGCCCCCCUGUGUGUCGCCGCUCAUGUCUCUCAUGGCUGUGCGGUUCAAGCACGAGUUUGCUCCCAGAUUUAAGAGAAUAAGAAAGUCCAUGAAGGGCCGCGUGGGCGCCAGGGUCGGCGGGUCGCUCAAGGGGAAUUCUCUAGAAUUUGGCCAGUUUGGCUUGCGCCUCAAGUCCAACGGGAUCCGUAUGACCGCCACGCAACUCAAAGAGGCGCAUAAUGUGAUUAUGCGGGAAAUCAGGCCUUCAGGGGCCGAUUUAUUAACCAGGUUUUCGUGCGACUUGGCCGUGUGUGUCAAAGGUAACCAGACCAGAAUGGGGAAGGGGAAGGGGGCCUUCUCGCACUGGGCCACGCGUGUGCGGACCGGUAAGAUCUUGUUUGAGAUCAGAGGGAACCUUCACGAGAGGGUGGCCAAGGAAGCGUUAAGAAAAGCAUCUGCGAAGCUUCCUGGGGUGUGUGAGAUUGUCACCGAAAAGUCCUUGAUUCGAGUUAGUCCCACCAAACUCGUGGAAAAACCGGCACCUGUGGACUACCUUGAGCUCUUAAACGCAAGACCCACCAAGAAAUGGGCCAAUAUCGUUGCUUCUAAGCAACCAUUAUAUAAACAGUUCCGUGGCCGGUAGCGCACUUGUAAAUAGAAUUCGCAGUACCAAAUAAACAUUUUCCAUGU